AUGUUGGACAUAAUCAACCAAGUAAACAUACCGAGAUGCUAUUUCUCCACGGGUGAUCUGACGACUCUGGACAUCCACACGUUCGUGGAUGCAAGUGAAAUAGCGUAUUCGUGUGUUUCGUAUUUCCGGAUUGCGAAUCCCUACGGUCCAGCAGAGGUGGCAUUCGUAGCAGCGAAGACCAAGGUAGCCCCCGUCAAGCCAACAACCAUUCCCCGUCUGGAACUCAUGGCUUGCGUGCUUGGAGUACGGCUGGCCAAAUUCGUAGUCGAUGGACAUUCACUUCCAGUUCGAAAACAAUUCUUCUGGAGUGACUCCGAAGUUGCAAUGAGUUGGAUUAACGCGGAUCCCCGGAAGUAUCGGCCCUUUGUUGCUUUCCGAGUGGGCGAAAUAUUGGAAAAAUCUAACCGCGAGGAAUGGCGCUGGGUGUCAUCUAAGCUAAACCCGGCAGACGAAGCAACGAAGUGGGGAUCAGGACCGUACUUCGACAAGAACAGUAUUUGGUACAGCGGACCUGCAUUUCUUCGCCACUGUGAAGAUCAGUGGCCACCGAGGAAAAUCUACGAUAAGGUGAUGGACGACCAACGCGCCUGCUAUGCCCAUCGCAAUCUACAAAUGCCGGAGCAAUUGCUGGACGCCGGAAGGUUCUCCUCAUGGAAAAGGAUGUUACGCGUGAUGGCCUACGUUUGCCGAUUUGUGAACAAUUGUCGAACGUCAAGCACUGGUCAAGAGCGGAAAAGCGAUCAUCUGACGCAGUCAGAGUUGCGGAAAGCCGAGGAAUGUGUAUUUCGAGCUGUGCAAUGGGAUUCAUAUACUGACGAACUAGCUGUUUUGACCAAGAACCAACGUCUGCCAGUUCAGAAGCGCCAACCAUUGGAAAAGACCAGCGCUCUCUACAAAAUUUCACCGAUGUUAGACGCAGCAGGAGUUUUGCGAGUGGACAGUAGAAUCGGUGCAGCUCAGCAUGUGUCGGCCGAGAUGAAAUUCCCGGUUAUCCUUCCGAAGCGGCAUCGUUUGACCACGUUGAUUCUUGAAGAUCUCCAUCGUAAGUUGCUGCACGCAAACAAUGAAGCUGUCGUAAACGAAGUGCGGCAACGCUACUACAUAGCACAGCUGUGCACGCAAGUACGACAAGUGUCCCUCCAAUGUCAAUUUUGCAAAAUACGUAGAGCCCAACCAAUGGUACCACGAAUGGCUCCCCUGCCUAGUGCUAGACUAUCUUCGUAUGUACGGCCCUUUACUUACUGCGGUCUAGAUUACUUUGGGCCCUUAUUGGUGAAAGUGAACCGCAGCCACGUAAAGCGUUGGGUGGCCAUAUUCACAUGCCUGACAAUACGUGCCGUUCAUGUGGAAGUUAUCCACACGCUUUCUACCGAAUCCUGCAUCAAAGGGGUACGCCGGUUCAUCUGUCGUCGGGGAAGUCCCGCUGAAAUCUACAGCGAUAACGCAACUUGUUUCCACGGGGCCGACCGUCUUCUGAGAGAGCAGAUCAACAAAGGACUUGCUGCGGAGUUUACAAGCACGCAAACCGAGUGGAAGUUCAUUCCCCCAGGCACUCCGCACAUGGGGGGAGCCUGGGAGAGACUGGUCAGGUCGAUUAAGGUGGCUCUGGCCGCAAUCCAGGACGGUAGCCAGAAAUUGGACGACGAGUCUUUACUGACUUUUUUGGCGGAAGCAGAAGGUAUCGUCAACUGCAGACCACUCACAUACUUGCCUCUGGACUCGAUCGAGCAGGAAGCCUUAACCCCGAACCAUUUUUUGUUGGGCAGUUCGUCGGGAGUUCGUUUACCAAUUGUGCAGACAGACAACGAAGUAUCUCUUCUGAAAGGUUCGUGGACAGCCAUUCAGAAAUACCUGGACAUCUUUUGGAAGCGCUGGACUAGGGAAUACCUCCCGACUCUUACGAAACGCACGAAAUGGUUCGGCGAAGUGAAACCGGUUCAGCCUGGAGACCUGGUUCUCAUCGUAAAUGAUACUAAACGCAACGGGUGGAUACGCGGUCGAGUGCUUGAGGUAUUGCCAGCUGCGGAUGGACGUGUACGCCAAGCCAUGGUACAGACUGCUGGAAGUGCUCCUACAAGAAAACCAAUAUCGAAACUGGCGGUCUUAGAGGUAUCAUCAGAUGCUGAAACCAAGGACGGAGUAGGUUCCACCAGGGGGGAGGAUGUUGCGAAACUGGCAACCCCGCCAGAGCGAAAACUCAGCGAAAGACCACUGACGGAACAGAAGAUCGAUACUUGAAACGUCAUGGUAUAGAUAGAAGAAAAAGUACCUAGAUGUGUGAUGCAACGUUAAUGCGGUAUCUAGAGUAGCAAAAAAUUCACUUUAAUCUAUUGAUUUUACGUGUAAAUCGGUGCAAAAAUUGGGCUUAGUGAAUAUUAAUUGCAGGUCCUAUGCAUUGAUCGCCAAAUCCAGAUAGAUCUAACCUCUUUUUUCACUCAACCCGACGCAGUUCGUAGGGAUCAUAAUUACUCAUUAUUAAACAAGAAGUAAGCAUCUAAUACCAACUAAAGUACAAUUAAUUAAUUAUUUCUAUAUUCGUAGCCCAAAACUGCUAGUUGAGACAUAGUUAUAAUUAUUGUUCGGGAGCAUUGAAUGAAUUUG